AAACAUGCUCAGGCAGUUAGUCAAACUCGAGACACUCAGAGGAGAACACAGUCGCCAUCUGGACUAGCGGCUGGACAAGAGAGGGAACCAGGGUGAUCAGCACCUGUCCCAAGAACACGCUCUCUUUCUGCCGCACACACACAUACAUACACACACACACAUAGUCAGGAACACACACACACACAAGCGCACUCAGGGGAGAGAUCAGACGGCUCUAUGUGCGGCUGGAACCAAAGUCUGUCGGCCGCCUCUCAGCAUAGCUCCGUCAUGUUGACCACUGAGGGCGCCCUGAACACCGCCGACCAGGAAGAACGCAAAAUGACAGUCGAGGAUGCCGACAUGUCCAAGUGGACGGAAGCCGAGUUUGAAGAGAAGUGCACGUACAUCGUCAAGGACCACACGUGGGACAGCCCAGAGAAGCCGGAUCUGCCCCGUGCCCAGACCUCACUGCCGAGAAACCUGGCCUUCAGAUAUGCCCCUGAUUCCAAAGAGGUGAUCGGCGUUGUAAGCCGUGAAUACAUCCCUAAAGGAACUCGAUUUGGCCCUCUAGUGGGAGAAAGUUAUACAGCAGAGAAUGUGCCCAAAGACGCCAACAGGAAGUACUUCUGGAGGAUUUAUACCAAAGGAGAGUUCCAUCACUUUGUAGACGGCCUGGAUGAGGAGAAAAGCAACUGGAUGCGGUAUGUCAAUCCAGGACACUCGCAGCAAGAGCAGAACCUGGCGGCAUGCCAGAAUGGCAUGAGCAUCUACUUCUACACCGUGAAGGCCAUCCCUGCUGACCAGGAGCUGCUGGUCUGGUACUGCACUGACUUCGCACACCGUCUCCACUACCCUCCUUCAGGAGAUCUCAUGAUGCAAAAGCUCAAGCAAAGUCUGAUAGAAUCAAAGCAGCAGGUGUCAGAAGAAAAGCCUGUUGUGAAGAGAGAGCAUACUGUCUCAGAAAUACUCAAAGACACGUGGCGGGAGCCUGCAAGACCACUGCCAACACGUCCCCACUGCCCCAUCAGCCCUGACAGACCCAUCUACCCACGUGUCAUCUACCCAAUCCGGCCACAACCGCACCUCCGAGAGGAUGUCAUGAAAACCAGCCCAAGUAUCUGUUUUUCCACUCGGUCACCUGCACUGUCUUCAGCCACCCCAAGCCCGUCAGCCCGCAGCAGCCCUGAAACCAGUCCUGGAAGCAGUCCUACACCAGCAGAUCCUAGGGAUGCUUUGCCACUCUACAAUGGUGGCCUGGGUCUGUAUCCUGGCUACUCCCCAUCCAACUCUCUUUCCUCAUUCUAUCAUAGCUCACAUUAUGUCUUAUCCCCUUACUCCAUGAGUGGAACCCCACCAGUGGGGAACGUUUUCUCCCGCAUGUACCCUCUUUACAACAGCUUAAUGACCCCUCACAUGCCCUUCCCACCCAACAUGCUUCCACCUGAGGGGGGACGUCAUUUCCUGCUGCCACCACACAGAGACUUUCUGCUUCCACCGCCCAAGAGUGCCUUCUCAAGAGCGACAACCCCAAAAGACAAACCGUUGCAUGGACACCCUCGUGCCCCCAUCAGUGGUUCUCCCACAGCUGGAUCGGCAGUAUCUGCUGAUCAGCAGCCUGCCAACCCGACCUCAGCACAGCCGAGCAUCCGACAUUUAGAAGACGAAGCGAUCAAUCUUAGCAAGAUGAAGCGAGGCCCUGCGGGAUACAAGACACUGCCAUACCCACUUAAAAAACAGAAUGGCAAGAUAAAGUAUGAGUGCAAUGUAUGCAGCAAGACUUUCGGACAGCUCUCAAACCUUAAGGUGCACCUGCGUGUUCACAGUGGUGAGCGUCCUUUUAAGUGUCAGACAUGCAAUAAGGGCUUCACUCAGCUGGCCCACCUGCAGAAGCACUACCUGGUCCAUACAGGAGAGAAGCCCCACGAAUGCCAGGUAUGUCACAAACGUUUCAGCAGCACGAGUAAUCUGAAGACACAUCUAAGGCUUCACUCAGGUGAGAAGCCUUAUCAGUGCAAGCUCUGCCCAGCCAAGUUCACACAGUUUGUCCACCUCAAGCUGCACAAACGGCUGCACACACGGGAGCGCCCACACAAGUGUCCGCACUGCCACCGCAACUACAUCCACCUCUGCAGCCUGCGCCUUCACCUUAAGGGUUACUGCCUGGCUGCUAUGACUUCCCCCCACUGCAGCCUUGAAGAACUUAACCGCAUUAAUGAGGAGAUUGAGCGAUUCGACAUCAGCGACAAUGCCGACCGGUUGGAGGAGAUCGAGGGGGUUGAUGUCGAGAGGCUCGUGGAAAAGCAGAUCUUCAGUCUGAUCUGCCACGAAAUGGACCUCAAGACCUCGUACCACAAAGGCAGCACUGGAGGGGAUUUGCUUCAUCCUUCACAUCCGUCUAGCACCUUCGGCCUGUAUGAGCCAAGCAGUGAAACAUCGGUUAUCAAGCUCCUACCUGUCAAGGUCAAACAAGAGACGGUGGAGUCGAUGGAAUUGUAGCCCUCGAACACACACGUGCACUAAGUCAUGCGCCCCUCAGCCGCAUCGGGUUCAGGUUGGACAGACAAAGGUGUAUACAAUCCUUCUGAAAAGGAGACAGGCUCAGAACUUUGCUUUCAGGGACUUACCAUACUCAGGGCUAAGAGACACUGCUUAAGGCCACUAGCGGUCCAAUGUGUCCUACACUUACUUUAGAGACAAUCAUUAAUUUCUUUUUGUUUUGUAAUAAUAUUAUUGUUGAUGUCAUUGAUAUUUGUUAUUAUUUUUUGCUAUUGUUAUUCCUUAAUAAUAUUUGGUUAGGCUUGUUAUGCAACCUCCUUAAUUUAUUGUCAAUGUUUACAAUGACUGGGUAAUUCAUUGUAAUUCACUGUUCUGUAUAUUUUCUAUUGUUACUCUUUUGUACAUAGUUUCUUACAGCCUGCGUUUGUUUGCCCUCUGAUUGUUAUGAACUAAUGAGUACCAGAUUUGAGGAGCUUGCCUUGCUUCCGGUUCUUUUUUAU